UCGUUAGAACAAGCUGGUAAUGGUCAGUAAUUCUUUGUAGAACUAGAUCGAAGACCAGCUAGCUAGCAGUUAAACUGCUGCAUGCAUUGUGCACAUACACACUGUGAUAAUGACAGAAAUCAGUGAUCCCUCUGUCCAAAAAGUUCUAGAGCACAGGAGGUUUGUGUUGAAAGAGUUUGUUGACUCUGAGAAAGAGUAUGUGGAGAGAUUGAGAGUAACCUUUGAGGACUACCUGAACCAUAUCCGUGCUGGGGGUCCAAAUGUACCCCCCACCCUCAAGACAGAUAUCUUAUCCAUCUUCUCGACACUACCUGAAAUUUACAGCUUUCAUCGCGAGAUCCUCCUCCCAGCAAUGCAGGUGUACCAUGCAGAGGAUGCAGAAGCCAUGGUCGGAGUGUUCUUGAAGCAUGGCUCUGAGUUCACGAGCAAGUACGUGGCAUAUUGCAAGAACAAACCCGUAUCUGAUUCAACUCGUUUGGAGUACGAUGAUUUCUUCACUUCUAGACAACUAGAGCUGAGGCAGAAGCUGAAUAUUGAGGACUUGCUCAUUGCCCCCGUGCAAAGGUUGCCUAGAUACCAGCUCUUAAUUAGAGAUUUGUUGAAGGACACACGUAAAGUCAAUAUGGACACGACAAAGAUUGAAGAAGCACUGGAGCUAAUGCAGAAGAUCCCCAAGGAGACCAACAGCAUAAUCACGCUGAGCCUGCUUAGAGGAAUUCCCCGAGCCAAUGUCAUCUCUCAUGGUACUCUAUGGAGGCAGGACUUGCUAGUGUUCUCAACUUAUGGUGGUAAGGAGGAGACGAUGCAGGUGUACCUGUUUGAUCACCGGAUCAUUGUGGCCACACCUGCUGACAAGGACGGGUUCUUCCACUUCGAACUAGGAAUAAAGACAUUGAACGGUAAGGUGAAUAAGGAAGGUACCAGUGAGUUCCAGUUCAGUGAGGAGGGAGGGGCAGGGUUUCGUUUCCGUACCGAUCGUAAAGAUGUAACGGAACACUGGGUGACUGACCUUCAGUCGAUCCUAUUCUCACAGCUGCAGAUGAAGAGAGCACUCAUAUUUGGCAAGUCAGCUGCCAGUAGUCUGGUACCUCGUCACCCAUCCAUUGGUCUGGAGUGGAGUGACUCUGACUCGAGUGUGGACUCCAUGCCGGACUCAGACAGUGACUUUGAGGGGGACUGGCCACAGAAGACCGGAUUCACAUUCUUAGGCUCCAACAAACCUGCAGUCUCGGUCACUAAGACUGCAAAGUUGCCAUUGUCCCCACGAUUGAGUGUACCCAUGACGUCCAUUGUUUCAUCCUCACUGACGACCCUACCCAGGCCUGACCGUCCCCAUAGCUACCACGCCUCCAUUGCUGACAUUGAGCAGACAAUGUUCCGCAAGAGUGCGGGUCUCUCCCUAUCCCCACGGCUUCUCAAGAGGUGGUUGACCCAGAAGACUAACAGUGCGUCCCAGAGCUCUGACCGCAGCUACAUCUAUUACCCCCUCUCAGCCCACUCGCUCGUACCCCCAAGAUCACCAGGUGCCCUGAAGAGAGUGUCCCAACUUAAUUCAGUGCUCCCUCCUGAAGAGACGUAUUACAUUGCCGUGGAGACGCAGCCAGCUGUAGCUGAACAGGUCUACAAGUCACACCCUGGUCAGGUAUUUCUGCCGCUAGAUGUGAGUCGUGGUGAUGUGUGGAGGGUGCGAGUGAUGUCAGGGUCCAACGCUGGGGAGGAGGUGUGGCUACAGAGGAACAUGAUCGAGGAGUACACUGCACCCAUCAUCUAUAAGCCUAUCAAGAAAGUGUACAGCUUUAUCAGUGACCUAGGAAGGGGCCGGUUCUCAGAGGUGAAACUGGCUAAGCUCAAGUCCAACAAAAAGUUAGUAGCUGUCAAACUACUGAGCAAUGCUUCCUCUGAGGAGAGUUUCUUCCGGCAGUUGUGCAUCUUAUCUCGACUCAAACACUCCAACCUCCUCAGCUGUCAAUGCGGGGUGUACAACGGAGGCAUGGCCAUUGCCAUGGAGAAUAUAAAUGGACGACAUCUGUUUGAUUAUCUUGUAAGAAAGUCCUCGGUGACGGAAACCAUGGUAGCAGGUCUCAUGGGGCAACUCCUGGAUGCACUCCACUACCUACACACUCACACCAUUGUCCACAUGGACGUUCGACCCAGUAACUUGAUGAUUCAGAUCACACGCAGCGCUGACGUGCUCAAACUGAUAGACUUUGGUGCUGCCAGACAUUACGGUGAGGAGUCCCUCACUGGACAGCUGGAGCCCUGUAUAGACUACCAGUACUUGGCCCCUGAGGUAUUCAAACAAGAAUCUAUUGGCCCAGGCACUGAUGUAUGGGGCGUGGGGGUCAUCAUCUACAUCAUAUUCUACGGCUGUAGUCCAUUCUGCGGUGGCAGUAGCGUGCACACCAUAGCCAACGUCACCUCAGUCGCCUACCACAUCCCCACCCACACAUCAGUGUGCAGCCCUGAGGCCGUCGCUCUAUUGAGGGACAUAUUCGUACUCUCCACAAAGAACAGACCAACAGCUGAAUCAGCAAAAUCCCUCGACUGGUUCAAACUCUCCGAGAGUUUCAAGGAGAACAAAAUGGACAUUGCGCAAUUGAAACUAUUCAUUCGUAAUCAGCAAAGCUAGUUAUAUGGUCAUGCAUGUAUUAUUCACACAUCACCACCGAAUCAAUACACGCUAAAAUUAUUUGUUGUUUGUGGUACAUAUUAAUCUGCGAUUCAUCUUGUUUAAAAUUAUGACAAUGUUAACAUUACCCAGG